AUGGCCCAGAGCGAGCUCCCCCCCUUCGCCCAGGCGACUGCCGGCGCGCUGGGCUCCAUUGCCAGCAACACGCUCGUCUACCCGCUCGACCUCCUCUCGACCAGGCGCCAGACGCAGUCCCGAGCACGCGAGGGCAAGAGCCUCAAAUUUUCCGUCCUCGCCUCACUCCGGGAAAUCGUCGACAAGAACGGCAUCGCAGGCCUCUACCAGGGACUCGGGUCGGACACCCUCUCGAGCACGCUGUCCAACUUCCUCUUCUUCUACUUCCGCUCCUUCCUCAUCGAGCGGCUCAAGUCGCACAAGUCGGCGCGGAUGCCACGCGCUGCGGGCAAGGGCAAGGGCAAGGCGCCCUCGAUUGUCAUCACCGCCGCCGAGGACCUGGCGGUAGGAGCCAUGGCGGGCAUCGCAUCGCGCUUCUUUACCACGCCGCUCUCCAACGUCACCGUCCGCAAGCAGACGGCGGCCACGCCCUCCAAAAAGCAGGCCGAGGCCGAUGCCGAAAAGAAGAAGCAGCGGCAGCAGCAGCAGCCGGGCAGCGACAGCGAGUCGGACGACGAGUCGAGCUACGGCGACGAGACGACCAUUGUCGACACGCUGCGCCAGAUUGUGGCCGAAAAGGGCUUCCUAGGCCUGUGGUCGGGCUUUGAGACGGCGGCGCUGCUGAGCAUCUCUCCGGCGCUCACCUUCUACAGCACCAACGCCUUUUCCAGCCUGCUGAUCCCAAAGGCGCGGCGGGCCAAGCCGACGUCGGUCGAGGUGUUUGUCACGUCGGCGCUGGGAAACAGCGUGGCGACCAUGAUCGUCUUUCCGCUGAUCCUGUGCAAGACGCGGCUGCAGUGGAGGAGCCCGACGGGCCGGCGGAUGUACACGAGCCUGAUUGACGUGGUGCGCAAGACGUUCAAGCGCGGCGGGCUCAAGGCGUUCUACUCGGGUCUCGACACGCAGCUGCUCAAGGGGCUCGUCAGCCACGGCACGACAAUGACGGUCAAGCAGCGGAUCGAGACGCUCUUUGUGCUUGCCUUUCUCGCGCUUCGCCGGCGCUCGUCGGCCGUCGCUGGUGCUUCGGCGGCAUGA